AUGGCUUUCGCACAACCCUUUCCUCUUGCUGCUGCUCAAGCCGCCAAAGCCGCAGCUGCACCGACUUUUGGGCCAGACUUGGCUGUGCGCCUAAUCUGUCCAGAAUGCAGAGAUCCAAACCCAAAUAUCGUGGAGGAGUUCGGUAGCGGCGACCUCGUUUGUGGAAACUGUGGGCUGGUUUUGGGAGACCGUAUCGUUGAUACUAGAAGCGAAUGGCGUACCUUUGCCAACGACGAAGGAGACGACCCUUCUCGUGUUGGUGCUGCUUCCGACCCUCUACUGGAGGGGAUAGAACAGCUGGAUACUGUCAUCAGUUUCAGAGAUGGUGGCUCUGGUAUUGCGCGCGAACUCCAGCGUGCGGCAUCCCGUUCGCAAAACUCACGAUCGGAACGCAAUCUUUUAACUGCAUUCCGAGACAUCUCAAGCUGGUGCGAUCAAUUCUCCCUGCCAAAAACAAUCAGCGACAUAGCCAAGCAGCUGUACAAGCGCUCUGACGAAGAGAAGCUCCUUCGCGGCAAGCCUCUCGACGCAGUCAUCGCUGCCUGCAUCUUUAUUGCCUGUAGACAGGCCCACGUCCCUCGAACAUUCCGUGAAAUAUGCAACUUGACGCAUGUGUCGAAGAAGACGUUGGGUCAAUGUUACAAAGCGCUGGAACAGGCGUUCAACUUGUCUCCUGGUGCCACAGCUUCCAAUAACGCAUCGUCACCCUCGACGGGUCCCGAGAACCUCCUUUCUCGCUACUGCAAUCACCUUGACCUUCCUCCGAAUGUACAGUCGAUAUGCUCUGACAUCAUUAUCGCCGCUCGGAAGCAUGGUAUCGCAGAUGGAAGGAGUCCCGUCUCGAUUGCUGGCGGAGCUAUCUACUUCACUUGCCAUUUACUUGGCAAGCCGAAGGCGCUCAAGGAUAUUAGCGCGGUGGCCGGUGUUAGCGAAGGGACGAUCAAACUGGUGUAUCGUCUCUACCACGAUGCGAGUAGCAAGCUGGUAAAGAAGAAAUGGAUAGAAGAGGGCAGAGCUAAACCUGACCGCCUCCCUGUUGAGACGAUUCGUUAA